CGGUCACCAAACUAGCUUUUGUAGAUUUUUUCUCACUCUCUCUCAUUUCUUGCUGCACCCUGCACGCAACACCGAAGCCAAAGAAAAAGCAAAGAAAAGAAAAGAAAAUACCACGAAAGGAAAAGCUUUGAUCUGAUUUUUGAAAACCAUAAAGUUAGCAAACAGCAAAAAUAUCGAGACACCCGAUUUUUCCGCUUCCUGGCCCCAUCGGCAAAAGAACUUCCAACAAAGGCCUGAUCUACAAAAAGGAGAGGAUAAGAAGACUUUUUGGAGGAUUUAAAAUUUUGGGUUUCAUUUUAUUUUUGGUUUGGUUGGAUUAGUUUUUUGUUAGGAUUUUUUUGGGUGUUUUUUAGGUUUGAGAAAAUUAUGAGAACUUCAUGGGCAGAUUCUGUAACAAACUCUGCAUCUGAAAUUGCAGUUUCAGACAACAAUUCCGUACCUCGUCCUACUCGAUCCACUUAUGUCCCACCCCACCUUCGUAACCGCCCAGCUUCCGACGCACCCAUCCUGUCAGGUCCGGCCACUGAAAGGACUGGUUUUAGCGGCACCGCUGGUGGGUCCCAGUGGUCCCGAUGGAGCGGCGGCGGUGGGCCUAAGCCCGAAUUUGGGCGUCUGGGUCAGGGGUAUGCUGGAGCUGGACGAGGCGGCGGCGGCGGCGGCGGUUGGAAUAAUAGAAGUGGAGGUUGGGAUAGGAGAGAAAGGGAAGUAAACCCAUUUGGUGAUGAUGAUGUAGUUGAUAAUACGGAACAGGCUUUUAAUGAACAAGAGAAUACGGGGAUCAAUUUCGAUGCUUAUGAGGAUAUUCCGGUGGAAACUAGUGGGGAAAAUGUACCACCACCUGUAAAUACAUUUGCUGAUAUAGAUUUAGGGGAAGUGUUGAAUCAAAAUAUUAGGAGGUGCAAGUAUGUGAAACCAACUCCAGUUCAACGUCAUGCAAUCCCUAUAGCAUUAGGAGGAAGAGAUUUGAUGGCUUGUGCUCAAACUGGGUCAGGGAAGACAGCUGCCUUUUGCUUUCCAAUUAUUAGUGGAAUUAUGCGGGAGCAGUAUGUACAGAGACCGCGUGUAGCACGAACUGUUUAUCCUCUUGCUCUCAUUCUAUCUCCCACAAGGGAGCUUUCUGGUCAGAUACACGAAGAGGCCAAAAAGUUCUCCUAUCAAACUGGUGUCAAGGUGGUAGUUGCCUAUGGAGGAGCAUCAAUUAACCAACAGUUGCGAGAGCUGGAGAGAGGAGUUGAUAUUCUUGUGGCAACUCCAGGAAGACUGGUUGAUUUGCUAGAGAGGGCUAGAGUGUCAUUGCAGAUGAUUAGGUACUUGGCCCUUGAUGAGGCAGAUCGCAUGCUGGAUAUGGGUUUUGAGCCACAAAUCAGAAAGAUAGUGGAACAAAUGGACAUGCCGAAUCGAGGUGUGAGACAAACGAUGUUGUUCAGUGCUACCUUUCCUAGAGAGAUACAGAGACUUGCAUCUGAUUUUCUUUCAAAUUACAUAUUCUUGGCUGUUGGGAGGGUUGGUUCAAGUACAGAGUUGAUUGUUCAAAGGGUUGAAUUUGUUCAUGAGUUGGAUAAGAGAAGCCAUCUCAUGGAUCUUCUGCAUGCACAGAGGGAAAAUGGAAUUCAUGGCAAGCACGCUUUGACAUUAGUUUUUGUGGAGACUAAGAAGGGAGCUGACUCAUUGGAACAUUGGUUGUGCAUGAAUGGAUUCCCAGCAACGACCAUCCACGGUGAUAGGACUCAACAGGAAAGGGAGCUAGCAUUGAGAUCUUUCAAGAGCGGGAAGACCCCGAUUUUAGUAGCAACUGAUGUGGCUGCUCGUGGUCUUGAUAUACCCCAUGUAGCUCAUGUGGUCAACUUUGAUCUUCCCAAUGACAUUGAUGAUUAUGUCCAUCGGAUUGGAAGGACAGGGCGUGCUGGUAAAACAGGGUUGGCUACAGCUUUCUUUAAUGAGGGCAAUCUGUCACUGGCAAGGCCACUAGCUGAGCUAAUGCAAGAAGCAAAUCAAGAGGUACCUGCAUGGCUCACCCGUUAUGCAUCCCGGGCGCCUUAUAGUGGUAACAAAAAUCGACGAUCUGGAGGAGGGCGUUUUGGCGGGCGUGAUUUCAGAAGAGAGGGUUCCUUCAGUAGGAAUCUGGAUUACUAUGGUGGAGGGAAUAGUGGGAGUGCAUAUGGAGUUCCUAGCAAUUAUGGUGGAGGAUAUGCUCCGGGCGUGACAAGUGCUUGGGAUUAGGUCCCACUUUAUAUGGAUUUAUUUUUUGUGUUUCUUUUGAGUAUAUAUAUUUUCCAUCAGAUUUGAAGGAUUAUUUUGUCUCCUCGUUUACUAUUUCCAUUUGCAUAUGGGUUCUAACAUAGGACACUAAUGAGUUCUGUGGAGGGCUGUAGAAUUGAUGAGUUAUUUUUUGAUAAGGAGGCACUCAUGUGGUUGGGAUGGUGACAUAGGAAACUAACCAGUUAGCUGUCUGCGGGUCACCGGGAAGGAGGUUGUGGAUGGUGAUAUAGGAAACUAACCAUGUAGGCGUGGGUGCAUCUUCGCUUUCACAUGCUCCUUUUGGAGGAAUAUAGCUAGGAGCCUAGGAUGCAAUGUAGUAGUACGUGUGUGUAGGUACAUUUGCAACCCAAUUAUAACAGGGUAAGGUGAUGAAGGAAGAGAUAGGCAUGUGCAUGCCUUUCUGUUAA